UCCUCGCCUCCGUCCACCCUCGCCGGGGCCUGGCUCUCUGCAGAGCCUACUACACACAGGGCUGGGUAGUGUGGGGUGGAGGAGAGAGAGAGAGGCACAUAUCUUCCUUCUCCAGCCAGAUUCCCCUUCCCGGCUAAUGGCUCAUCGCCGAGCCCCGCAAAGGAACAACGAGGAGGAGCCGCCGCGGUCGCCACUCGCUCCGCUCCGGGCCCGCCAGCUUUAGAGCCUUCCUCGCUGGACUCGAAGCGCCAGCGGCCUCCACAGGGGGAGAGGAAGAAGGGAAAAAAAAAAAAGGACCGGGAAGCAGCUUGGGAAAAGGCCAGGCCAGGCCCUGUUGGUGCUCUCGCCGGCCGGAGGGAAAAGCCAGCCCGGUUUGCAAGGCGGCGAAGAUUAGGCCGGAGGCGCGGGCGGAGGCGCCGUGCCAGUUUUAUUCAGAGGCGGCUUCGGGCGGAGGACCGGCUACCCUGGGAGGCCUGGGGCUGCUAGAGCGUUUGGCUUCAGGGUUUUUUUUAUUUUAUUUUAUUUUUUGAACGCGUCCGCCUGGGAAGAGCCGUAAAGAGCUGGUUUCGCAGCCGCAGAAAUGACUUGACUGAGCAAGGCCUCGGUCGGCGGCGCCUGGCAAAGAGGCACCCAGCUGUUGCAGACCGGACGGCCCGCUUCCCUUCUUCCCCGCAAAGCAGCAGUUGUUUUUUUGGUCUGUUUUGUCUGCAAAGCCCAGCAGGGCCACCGGGAGCUUAAGGCAUUGCUGGCAAGGGGGUAUCCAUGGGGGGACUUGUUCAGGCCCUGAUCCUGCCCUCCCCAAGAGCGUCAGCCAAGCUUGGGCCCAUUUGCUGGAGGCUCCAGUAAAUUCACUGAGGAUUUCUCUCAGAUUGACGCCUAAAAAGCUAACGUGACCAUGGGAGAUAUGAAGACUCCAGACUUCGAUGAUCUGCUUGCCGCCUUUGACAUACCAGAUAUGGUUGACCCAAAAGCGGCUAUUGAAUCUGGCCACGAGGAUCAUGACAGCCAUAUAAAGCAGAAUGUCCAUCCGGAGGAUGAUUCCCAUGCACCCUCCUCAUCUGACGUGGGUGUAAGUGUCAUUGUGAAAAAUGUGCGGACAAUUGAUUCUUCUGAAGGAGCGGAGAAAGACAACCACCAUUCCACAGGCAACGGGUUGCACAACGGUUUCUUAACGGUAUCCGCUCUAGAAAGUUUUAAUAAAGAGGAAGGCAAAUCACUCAAAGACGAGGGCACCGUCUCGGAAAAUACACUGAAAGAGUCUGCCUUUAACCAAUUUAGUCCCAUCUCAAGUGCUGAAGAGUUUGACGACGAUGAAAAAAUCGAGGUGGACGACCCCCCAGAUAAAGAGGACAUGCGUGGAAACUUCAGAACAAAUGUAUUAACAAGGUCUGUCUCCCAGCAGGACUAUGAGAAGUUAAAAGUACUUGGAGGAGAAAACCUGAUGAAACACGGAGUUGCAGCUUCAGGUAAUUCUGAUAAACCCAAGGUGUCUAAAAGAGACUCGGAAACAAACCCAUCGCCUUUAGGUCACUAUGAACCCUUUAAAGCUAGGAAGAUAGAUGACAAGCUGCUUAAAGAAAACUCCGAGAAGGUCCUGGAAAACAGAGCAGUCGAUGGGAAAAUAAAUACGGAGAAAGGAGACUCAACCCUUACCAGUCUUUCCCAGGCUAAAGCAAAAUCCUCAGCAAAACUCUCUUCCUGUAUUGCCGCAAUUGCAGCUCUAAGUGCUAAAAAAGCAGCCACGGACACUGGCAAAGACCCACAAUCCAAUUCAAGGGGAUCCUCUCCCUUGCAGAAAGAUACCAGUGAAAGCCCCCGCGCUGUGGACAAAUCCCCCGAGUCUCAGAGUCUCAUUGACUGUGCAAAAAAGCCCCCCGUCAAACAACCCGACAGUCCCAGGAGUAUAUCAAGUGAAAACAGCAGCAAAGGUUCCCCACCAUCGCCUGCAGGCUCGACGCCAGCUAUCCCCAAAGUGCGCAUCAAAACCAUCAAGACGUCCUCGGGGGAGAUCAAGAGAACGGUCACGCGUGUGUUGCCCGAAGUUGAUUUGGACAGCAGUAGGAAACCAGAGCAAGCAGCUUCCAUGGUGGCUUCUGUGACGUCGUUGCUGUCUUCCCCGACUUCUGCUGCAGUUCUUUCUUCUCCCCCCAGGGCACCUCUCCAAUCAACAGUGGUCACCAACGCGGUGGCUUCUGCGGAGCUCACUCCCAAACAAGUCACCAUUAAGCCUGUGGCAACUGCUUUCCUUCCCGUUUCGGCUGUCAAGACGGCAGGGUCACAGGUGAUCAAUCUGAAACUCGCAAACAACACCACGGUGAAAGCCACUGUCAUAUCCGCUGCUUCAGUGCAAAGCGCCAGCAGCGCCAUCAUCAAAGCCGCCAACGCUAUACAGCAGCAAACAGUUGUGGUGCCCGCCUCAAGCCUUGCCAGCGCAAAACUUGUGCCAAAGACGGUCCAUCUUGCCAACCUUAACCUACUGCCUCAAAGUGCUCAGGCCACCUCCGAACUCCGCCAAGUGCUCACGAAACCUCAGCAACAGAUCAAGCAGGCAAUAAUUUCCGCAGCAGCGUCUCAGCCUUCGAAAAAAGUGUCUCGGGUUCAGGUGGUGUCCUCUCUCCAGAGCUCUGUCGUUGAAGCUUUCAACAAGGUGCUCAGCAGUGUUAACCCCGUCCCGGUUUAUAUCCCGAACCUUAGCCCUCCUAUAAAUGCGGGCAUCGCUUUACCCACACGCGGUUACAAGUGUUUGGAAUGCGGCGACUCCUUCGCCCUUGAAAAAAGCCUGGCCCAGCACUACGACCGGAGGAGCGUGCGGAUCGAAGUCACCUGUAACCACUGCACAAAAAACCUGGUUUUCUAUAACAAAUGCAGCCUCCUUUCUCAUGCACGGGGUCACAAAGAGAAAGGGGUGGUGAUGCAGUGUUCCCAUUUGAUUCUGAAGCCAGUUCCUGCCGAUCAGAUGAUAGCUUCUCCCACAAGCAAUAGUUCUGUUACGUCGUCCAUUCUUCAGAAUCCGACCGGAGUGGGCACCCACACCAUAACCAAGAUCCAGUCCAGCAUAACUGGGACAGUCAUAUCGGCUCCUUCAAGUACGCCUGUUCCACCCGCCAUGCCUCUAGAUGAAGACUCUUCGAAGUUGUGCAGGCAUAGUCUGAAGUGUUUGGAAUGUAAUGAAGUUUUCCAAGAUGAAACGUCUUUAGCCACCCACUUCCAGCAGGCUGCAGACUCAAGUGGACAAAAGACCUGCAGUAUCUGCCAGAUGUUGCUUCCAAAUUUAUGCAGUUUUGCAUCACAUCAGAGGAUACAUCAGCAUAAAUCUCCAUAUACAUGUCCUGAAUGUGGGGCCAUUUGCAGAUCAGUCCACUUCCAAACUCAUGUCACAAAGAAUUGCCUGCAUUAUACAAGAAGAGUUGGAUUCCGCUGUGUCCAUUGCAACGUGGUGUAUUCUGACGUGGCUGCACUUAAGUCUCAUAUUCAAGGUUCUCAUUGUGAAAUCUUCUACAAGUGUCCUAUUUGCCCAAUGGCAUUCAAAUCAGCACCCAGCACCCAUUCCCAUGCCUACACCCAACAUCCUGGAAUCAAAAUAGGAGAGCCCAAAAUAAUAUACAAAUGUUCCAUGUGCGACACAGUGUUUACCCUGCAGCCGUUGCUGUAUCGUCACUUUGACCAGCACAUUGAAAACCAGAAAGUAUCUGUCUUCAAGUGCCCGGACUGCUCGCUUUUGUAUGCACAGAAACAACUCAUGAUGGAUCAUAUCAAGUCCAUGCACGGGACGCUGAAAAGCGUUGAAGGGCCACCGAACCUCGGUAUCAAUUUGCCGUUGAGUACGAAGCCUUCCAUCCAGAACUCAGUCAGCCACAAUAAAGAGGACUCGAAAUCCAUCAAUGGGAUGGAAAAAGCAGAGAAGAAUCCCCCCACUUCUGUGAAGAAGGCAGAGCCCAAAAAAGGCUCUCAUCCUGGCUGGACAUGCUGGGAAUGUGAUCGGCUAUUUACUCAGAGAGAUGUUUAUAUAUCCCACAUGAGGAAAGAGCAUGGAAAACAAAUGAAGAAACAUCCUUGCCGACAGUGUGACAAAUCAUUCAGUUCAUCGCACAGCCUUUGCCGUCACAAUCGCAUCAAGCACAAAGGCAUCAGGAAAGUUUACACCUGCUCGCACUGCCCGGAUUCCAGAAGAACUUUUACUAAGAGAUUAAUGCUAGAAAAACAUAUUCAGCUGAUGCAUGGCAUUAAGGAACCCGACGUGAAAGAAAUGGCAGAAUCAACGAACAUGGGAGAAAGUUCAGUCAAGGAAGACACAAAGGUUCCCAGUCCAAAGCGUAAAUUAGAGGAGCCCGUGUUGGAAUUCAGGCCCCCUCGUGGGGCCAUCACCCAGCCGCUGAAGAAGUUGAAAAUCAACGUUUUUAAAGUCCACAAAUGCGCCGUCUGUGGCUUCACCACCGAGAACCUGCUACAGUUCCACGAACACAUUCCCCAGCACAAAUCUGACGGCUCCUCCUAUCAGUGCAGGGAAUGCGGUCUUUGUUAUACGUCCCAUGUCUCUUUGUCUAGGCAUCUCUUCAUUGUCCAUAAGCUGAAAGAACCUCAGCCUGUCUCCAAACAGAAUGGCUCUGGAGAAGACAGUCAGCAGGAGAACAAGCCCAGCCACGAGGAGGAGUCCACGGAUCGAUCCGCCUCCGACAGGAAAUGCAAAGUGUGCGCAAAGACCUUUGAAACGGAAGCUGCCUUAAACACCCACAUGAGGACCCACGGGAUGGCUUUUAUCAAAUCCAAACGAAUGAGUUCGUCUGAAAAAUAACCCGCUCCUUUCUUUCAUCCCAUAAAGCAUCUUCCAAAAGCAGGAAGGCGAAAAGAAAAGAAAAGAAAAGAAAUCAACCUUUCUACUUCAGGAUAGAGUUGGCUUUUUUUUUCUUUGUGGGGUGGGGAUAUAAAAGAUUUACCAUACCGUAAAUUUAACAAUUCUUCCCCCUGGCUGUUGCAAUAGAUUCUACUCUAUUCUAUAUUUCAAUUUAUCUUCCUCACCUCAUAUCACUGUAGAGAUUUAUAAGUAGCCAUUCGUCAUUCACUCCCCCUGAAAGACAGCAUUAAAAAAAUAGCAGUAUUUGUAUAUAUUUAAACAAAGGAAUUUCAUAGUCUUUGUUACAUGUUUGUAUUUGUAUUUAGUGGGAUUUUUUUUCUCCUGUUUUGUUUGUCUUUCUUGCUUACGUCUUUUCUAACCGAUGGAUUGUGUUUCAAAACAGAAUUCUUAAAAGUUGGAGCAAUACUUUAGAUUUAUUAAGCUGUUUCAGAUGGAAUCCUUUUCUGAGAUUGUCUGAGUAGCUUUGGAAAAAUUCCCCUGUGUUUUGCUCUUGUAGACCCUGGGAAGAAGAACCCCAAUGAAAUAGUUCCUUCCCGACCAGCAUUACCUCUCCAGGAAAACUAGGUCAAGUUAACCCAGGAAAAGACAGCCCUGGGGUAUAUAUAUCCUUGGAUUCCAUUUAACCAGAAAUGUUUGAUAUUGCCAACAUUGUGCUGAAAAAGCAGCUCACACAUUUCUGAACAAAAAGUCAAUAGAAUUGUAUGUCUGAGCAGUAUUGGAAGGGAAAGUUUUUUUAAAAAGCAAAUAGGUUUUUGGUUGCAACUCAAGGAGCCGUUGUAGUUGGACCCGCAAAUGAGUAGCCCGAUUCUUAUGACUUAAGAGGAUUAAGAUCACUUAAUAUGCUCUCUUGCUUAAAUAUUUCAGGUGUUUGAGGAAAAAUCUACUCAACUUGAGAAUUUCCAGAGGAAAUUCUGAGUACAGUGUUCAGCCCGUGAGGGUUAAUCUCUAUUGGAAUGAAGAGGAGUUGAAUCAAAGGAAUGGUAAUUUUUCCCCCAGUGGUGCUGGCAGAAAAGAAAAGCCUUGGAGGACUUUGUUGUGUGUUAUUUUAAUCAUUGUCUUGUCUUCUCAGUCCUCUAUUGAGCUUUGGGAGACUUCACUGAAUGUUACAGGACCUUUUAAGGGCCACUUGAAGAGGCUUUUCAGUAUUUUAAUAAGAUGCAGAAUAAUUAUUUUAAAUGUGUGGCAUCUACAGUCAAUCAAGUUACAGUUGAGGGAUGAAAGAAGGGUGUGUGCCAAGUCAAGUCUUGAGCAGCAGUUUUUAUAGGAUGUCAAGCAUUCUUUCAAUCAUAGAUGUGAAUUGAAUCAUAGAGAUUUGAACACAAGGAAACAACAGCCAGUCGCCGGCCAUCAGACACGCCAAUCAACCAAUAGGAAGGCACAUUCCUAGAAUAGCCCAAAGCACACAUUCCGCUAGAGAGAGGUUCCCUGAGGAUGGGCUCCAGCAGAAGUCCAAAACCUCGGUGAUCAACCCAGAUUGGAUCUUGCAUAGAGAUUUGAGUUGGGGAUCAUCUGCACGCAAUGCUACUGUUUUUUGGACCGUCUCAUAGAGAUUUAAUUUAAUUGCUUAUUAAAACAUGCAUUCAUAAUUGGACACCAUAAUGAUGAAAAAUCUGUACUGCGAGGGUGGAAGCCGUCGUUGGCCUUCAACGGCCCUCAGACCCUCUGAAGGACAAGUCCAGUGGGCCAUAAAUGGGAAACAGGAGGAAUUUAGUGGUGCAUACACGCAUACAUGCAUACACGCAUACAUAUACACACACUGUUCUUUGAGUUAACAAAUACUCAUCACAGCUGCAAGAUCACUUAACAAGAUAAUAUGCCUUGUAAUUUUAAGCAAGUUUCUUUCUCUCAUAAGAAGUGCUGAAUGUUAAGAUCAAAGGACCAUGGGCCGCAGCAUGACUUUCAGAUUUCCUAGAAUUCAGCUUAUAAAAUCAGAGUCAUGUGAGCUUCGUGGCAAAUAUUUGGCAAAUAUACCCUGUAAGGCAGAGGUCCCCGGGCCACGGCUCAAUACUGGGCCACAGCCCAUUUGGAACCAGGCUGCACAUGAAUGUGUUUAGAUAAUUCCAGCCUAUUCAGAGUGUUUGAACCUCACAUGACCUCCUGCCUUCUGAUCCCUUGGAGGCAUUCAGGUUACUGCUACCAUGCUUUGAAUUUUAGAGUAAAUCUGUGUAGCUAUUUCCAUGGAGGUUAACUUUUUGGAUAAAACUAACCCUGGCUGAAAAUGUCUUCCAGUUUCCUGAAAGUGUUAUUUCCCCACCACAGUAUUUCUGCUUUAUUCUUAGGCUGAUUUGCCAUUUCUUUUGAUGGUGUUUUUGAGCUUGCGUUAAGAUUGCAAAGUGGCAGAAGUUGCCAUGAUAUCUCUUCCCCAGUCUUCUGUCCUCCCGUUGGAGAAAUGUCCUCCAGAGGCCUUCCCUUGGCUUUUCUUGCGGCAAGUGUAGGAAGUAAGAUAGCUUAAAGACGCUUAGAAGAACAGUUGCAGAAGGAGAGCAGGGAAGCUCACCCAACUAUUUUGAUCAGGAUGACGAUAGGGAUCCUUGUUUCUUUUUCAUCAAGUUUAAUGAGAACAGUGGAAGGAAAUGCAGUAGAAAUUUUCAGCGUGGCACUAAUUACAAAGACGGUCAUCCAAGACCUUUGAGCAUCUCAACUGAGUCUCCCAUUACAUGUGAACAAGGCAGAGAUUUAUGUACAUUUUAAGGAAUGGCUAAAGUCUGAAAGAAGUUGUGUGAUUGCCAAGGUGAUGGAUGAAACGUUUGCUAUUUUAGAAUAAUGAAUUUGUCAGGAUAGACAUUAAAUGAACAUUAGUCAUAGGAUUGUGUGAUGCAGGGAUCCUGUUGCAUCAGAGAAAGAGAAAUAAGAACCACAAAAUCACUUGAAGUGUAACACGCUGUUAUAUAAAUCAUGAUAAAUAAAUAGUCCUAGCCAUCCGGUGGCCUCUGAAUUUGGAAAGAUGAUAUAAAUUCUUUUUUUAAAAAGACAUUCCAAUGUACAGUUUUAUAUAUAUAUAUAUACAUAUGUAUAUAUAUACAUCAUAGAGAUUAAGAUUCUAGAUAAUAUUAGGAAUUAUAAAGUGCUUUAGAUUAUUCCAAAUGCUUCGUAUAUAUUAUCUCACUAUUUCUUGCAUUCCUAUUAGAGAGGAGAGUGAUUAUUCCUAUUAUCCCACUGAGGUGGGGAGCAUUGAGCCAGAAUCUUGCCUACGGAGCCAGGAAUUCAGAGUCAAGCUUACAUUCGAAUCUGGGAUUUCUGAGUUCUUCCAUCAUUACUGUCAAAGCUGAUUCGGAUUCUAUCCCUCAGAUUCACAUCAGAUCCUUUACCAAUUCGUGCUCCGGAUCUCAUGAUGCAUUCCCGCUUCACAAUCAGGAGGCUGUGAGUUUGAUCCUAGGUAGAGGCAGAUAUUUCUCUCUGGGCACAAUGAGAAUAUAUCU